CCGUUCCACCACUCUCCAUCCAAUUCAUUGUAGGUGGUAACAGGUCCCCAUCUCUUCCCUUGUGUCCACCCUCCUUUCUCCUUUCCUCCCUUACAAAGCCACUGUAGGUGGUACUAGGUCCCUAUCUCUUCCCUUCUGUAAACCCUCCUUUUCUCCUUUCCUCCCUUACAAAGCUACCAUUACCCUUGCUUUAUGAACCUCCGUCUCUCUCCUUGAAGGCCCACCCAUUUUACCAAAUUCACAAGUCCUCUCUCUCUCUCUCUCUCUCUCUCUCUCUCUCUUGUUCUAGUUGCCCAAGUUCAAAUAUUGAGUAUUUCUUUUAGGUUUCUUGUUGUGCCCCCUACACUUGAAGGGUGGACAUUUGUCUCAUCUGGGUCUUUGUUUUUAGUGGUCAAAGACUAAUAUAACUACUCCCAUUUUGCGUUCCCUAGAUUUAGAGGGCCCAGUGUCCAUUGUCUUUUGGUAUUGGAAGUCAUUAUUUAAUGAUUUUUAGCUAAAAGUGGUACAAAAAUCUCAUUUGGGUCCCCCCCUACGUUCUAGGGCUGAAGUGUUCAUGAUUGUGGACAUUGGAAAACAAAUGAUUUUCAUGGUUUGGAUCUAAAAAGUGGUCCACCAAAAUCUCAUCUGGGCGCCUCCCAUACAGGGCACUUUUUUUUUUUUUUUUUGUUUUUUUUUGUUUUUUGUUUUUUUAAAAUAAAAUUAAAUCAGACAAUGUCGGCUGGCAAUGGGAUGCUGUUGUACUCUCUUCUUGGUUUUGCAUCAUGUAUUGCCUUCAUUUACAUGUCAUUGGGGGAUUUGAGUUUCCAUUUUCAACAGCCCAAGAUAGGUUUUGUGGAAAGGGAUGGUAUCCACUUCUUUGUGGGUGGGAAGGCAUUCUAUGUGAAUGGUUGGAAUUCUUACUGGUUGAUGGAUCAAGCUGUGGAGGAGUUCAGCAGGCCCAGGGUCAGGGCCAUGUUUCAGGCAGCUGCCAAGAUGGGCCUCACUGUUUGCAGGACUUGGGCUUUCAAUGAUGGAACCUACAAUGCUCUUCAGAUCUCACCAGGCCACUUUGACGAGCGUGUCUUCAAGGCAUUGGACCGAGUCAUUGCAGAAGCACGCCGACAUGGAAUCAAGUUGAUUCUUAGCUUGGUCAAUAACUUGCAACCAUAUGGCGGGAAGAUGCAAUAUGUUAAAUGGGCAUUGGAAGAGGGCAUUGCUUUGAGCUCUUCCAACGAUUCUUUCUUCUUCGAUCCAUCCAUUCGCAAUUACUUCAAGACUUACCUCAAGGCUGUACUGACAAGGAGAAACAGCAUUACUGGAAUGGAAUACAGAGAUGAUCCGACCAUCUUCGCGUGGGAGUUAAUGAAUGAGCCCCGAUGUAUGUCUGAUGCUUCUGGCGACACUCUGCAAGAUUGGAUUGAAGAAAUGGCGAGAUUUGUGAAAUCGAUUGACAGAAACCAUCUAUUGACAGUGGGUCUUGAAGGGUUUUAUGGUCCCACAAGCCCAGGGAAAUUGACAACAAAUCCGGGAGAAUGGGCAAGUGUCGUUGGAUGUGAUUUCGUCCGCAACUCCAAUAUAUCAUCCAUUGAUUUCGCGUCGGUUCAUGUCUAUCCCGAUCAUUGGAUUAUGGAACAAGACCUUGGAAACCAACUAAAAUUCAUGUCCAAAUGGCUGCGUUCUCACAUCGAAGACGGGGACAGAGAACUAAGAAAGCCCAUCUUGUUCACUGAAUUUGGGCUGUCGAACAAAAUCAAGAACUUCCAACCAUCUGAUCGAGAGAUAUUUUUUAAAGCUGUUUUUGACAUAAUCUAUGAAUCAGCAAGGAAGAACAGAUCUGGGGCAGGAGCACUCGUUUGGCAGCUCAUGGUCGGAGGCAUGGAAGAGUACAGCGAUGAGUAUGGGAUCAUCCCUUGGGAGAGGCCGUCCAUGUAUAGACUAAUAAAGGACCAAUCAUGUUGGUUGGCAGAGAUUCGGCACAGACAAGUUCAAUUGAAAAGGAGACCAGAUGAACCUUGUUAAAUGGAUUAUCUGAUUUUA